AGCAACGUACUAGGUAAUGUGAAAGCUGAGAUGCAACCUGCACUUCCUAUCGGACCACUCGACUCAGACAGCUGUCCGCCUGAACACCAGGAGACCCUUGGUUGAGUGAUUAAGAGGCCCAAGCUUCCUUCGACACACCUCCAUUUCUGUCUCCAGAGGCCCAAGCUUCCUUCGACACAUCCCUGUGUGAAAAGCUCUGAUGUUGAUCCAAGUUUUUCUGGGGCACCUGGUUAUGGCCCUAGGUCUGCUCCUGCCCUACCCUGUCUGUGAGGCCACCUCUCUGGGUGCAGUGGUCAAUGUUGUCCCUCUAGAGAAGAGUGGAGGAAAUAUGGUGAGGGCCCACUACACCGUGAUCUCUGCCCUUCCCUGUCCUACGUUCUCCGGAGUGUGUCAGACAGGGGAAGACUGUGUCGUGCAUACCACCUCGUUACCCUACACAGGACAGAAGCCCGCCUCAGGCUGGUGUGUCCGCCAAUGGCAGAGGACCAUUCCCAGCAACUACAAGGCCAACGUGAAUGUGGGGUCCAACGUGAAUGUGUUUCUGUUCUUGUGGGCUGGACCCUCCAACCAGUCUAACCCAUUGAGACUAAACCAGCCCCCUUACUGCAGCCUGCCUCCUCCUCUCAGGGCUCGUGUGAACUGCCCACGUCACUUCCCACUGACGGUGAAGGACCUGGAUGGGGACACAGUGCUCUGUCGCUUUGCCCAGGCUGACCUUGGAGAAUGCCUUGACUGCCCCCAGUACAACUUUCUGAAGAUGGAGGAGGAGACGUGUACUCUGUUGUACAACGGUAAAUCGUCCGCUGGCCAAUACUCUGUGCAGCUGAUGGUGGAGGACUUUUCACGCCAAACCCAAACCAACAAACCCAAAGCACUCAGUUCCAUUCCACUGCACCUGUCCCUUACAGUGGAGGAGGCGUCCUCAAGCUGCACUGCUGAGCCGGUCACUACAGGACUGACACCAACAGGGGGAGCCACCAUCUACGUUCUGCCCUAUGAGCAGAUCAACGUGUCUGUCACCUUUCAUUCUGACCUAGAGAGCGUGUCAGAAAUAGUUGUGGUUGGUCCCCCUGGCCUCUUCAGGACAGCGCUGGAAACCAAGGGUUCCCUGGCCACCAUGAAUCUCACAUGGGUCCAGAGCCCCAGUAACAUGCCCCCCCCUCUUUUGCCCCUUUGUUUCCUGGCCAACACCAACAGUUUGCAGUCUGAACCCAGAUGUGUGUGGCUUUACCAAAGACAGAUGGAGACCUUUCCCACUGGAACAGAGCUGACAUGUGGGGAGACUGAGAUGCAUCUGGUUCUCCCCAUUUCCACCCUGAAGAACCUGAUUGUGUCAGAGCUCCAGCUCAACCAUCCUUCCUGUAGUGUCACGUCCAACUCCACCCAUGUGAUGGCCCGCAUCUCUCUGACUGGCUGCGGCACUAAGAGAGUGCACUCUGGUUCAGAGAUGGUGUACACCAACACCCUGCAAAGUGUACGCAACACUGUCAUCAGUCGGCAGCCCACCCUGAUUAUGUCGCUCGCCUGCCGUUUCCCGGCGUCGAGGCCAAGGGCCCGCGGUACGCCAUCAACAUGCCGUCGGAGCAGGAGACCUUCGGCAUCAUCAAGUUCUGGUUGGAGUUCUACCGGCCUGGGGAGGGGCCCAUGGCUACCAGAACUAAAAUCCCCAAGUUCCGCCACCUCCUCCCUUUCUCGCAGCGUGUCCGCCGAGAAACGUCGGUCCGCACCGCGAGCAGGCUGGACACACUGGACCUGCAUGUGUUCUCCAACACCUCUCUGGACAGGGCAGAGCUGAUGGUGGGCAAGUGUAUGGAGUCCGAGACAGAAGACAUGGCUGACAGCCACUGUAUCCUGGAUCAGGGGUGUUCGGCUGGAAAUGGAACCCUGGAGAUUCUGACUUCAACCCCCACUGUCAGGGUAUACCGAAUCAACCUGAGCACUAUCAAAACUAAAGGAACCAC